AUGAAGAUCUCGUUACUACUACCGUUAUGUUUAUUAUUCUCCACAACUUUAGCAUUGGAUUUAGAUAUAAAUGAUCAAGAUUCUAUUUGUUCAGCUGCUGGAACAGUUGUUAAUGGUAUGCUUGAUUAUUAUGAUGGUAAAAAGUAUGGUGGUGUUGUAGGGAUGUUUCAAGCUCCAUACUAUUGGUGGGAAGCUGGUCAUGCCUGGGGUGGUGUUUUAGAUUAUUGGUAUUAUUGUCAAAAUGAUUCAGUUGAAGAUGUUCUUUAUUCUUCUUUAAUGGCACAAAGAGGUAAUAAUAAUGAUUUCAUUCCAAAGAAUCAAUCAACUACAGAAGGUAAUGAUGAUCAAGGUUUUUGGGGGAUUUUUGUUAUGAGUGCAGCUGAAAGAAAUUUUACAGAACCAAAGGAUAAAGAUGUUCCAGAUUGGUUAAGUAUGAGUCAAGCUGUUUAUAAUACAAUGUGGGAAAGAUGGGAUAGUGAUAGUUGUUCAGGUGGGUUAAGAUGGCAAAUUUUUACUUGGAAUUCAGGUUAUGAUCAUAAAAAUACAGUUAGUAAUGCUUGUCUUUUCCAAAUGGCUUCAAGAUUAGCAAGAUUUACUGGUAAUGAUUCUUAUGUUGAAACUGCAGAAACUGUUUAUCAAUGGUUAAUUGAUACUCAAUUUGUUGUUGAUGGUGAUAAAGCUUAUGUUUAUGAUGGUGCUGAUAUUUCAAAUAAUUGUUCAGAUAUUGUUAAAUUAGAAUGGUCUUAUAAUUAUGGUUUAUUAAUUGGUGGUGCUGCUUAUUUAUACAAUUAUACUGAAAGUGAUGAUUGGUUACAAAAAUUAACUUCUUUAGUUAAUGGUGCAAAAGAUUUUUUCAAAGAUGAUAUCAUGUAUGAAAGAGCAUGUCAAGGAGCAGAUAAUUGUAAUAAUGAUCAACGUUCGUUUAAAGCUGUUUUUUCAAGAGCUUUAGGUAUGACAACAAGAUUAGUUCCAUCAUUAUAUGAUGAAAUUAGACCUUUAUUAGAAUCAUCUGCAGAAGCUGCAGCUAAAUCAUGUUCAGGUGGUUCAGAUGGUGUUACUUGUGGUUUAGAUUGGACUAAAGGUUCAUGGGAUAAUAAAUAUGGGUUAGGUGAACAAAUGUGUGCAUUAGAAAUUUUCAAUUCUUUAUUAGCACCAGAAUCACCUGCACCUUAUAAUCAUGAAAAUGAAGGUGUUGGUCAAGGUAAUGUUGAUGCUGGUAAAGAUUCGGAUUCUACAUCAUUAGAUCGUAGUGAUUUGAAAAUUGAAACAAAAGAUAGAGCAGGUGCUGCAAUUGUCACAGCUAUUUGUUUAUUGAUCUUGAUUAUUGGUUCUAUUUGGAUGAUUAUGUGA